CUUUUUCUUCCCCCUCAAUCAUGCCAUUCCGCCAUUAUUCUUCUGCAGCUUCUCUCUCUACUUCCGCUUCUCGUCACGUCGUGCUUCAUUGGUCAAGGGAGACCUUUGGACGCACAGCAAUGGCCGAGCAUAUGCCAAACUCUUCCCGAGCCUAAGCCGCGGCACUGUUCCUCGGACGACAGAGCUUCGUGUUUCACGUGGGGCUGCCCCUUCGCAUCUUCCUACCAACUUUCCCCCAAAAGAAGUUCGUCGGACUUCGACCGGUCUCUUUCCACCCCCAUUGGAAGCUUCGCGUUCAAACCAAGCCUUGCUGGAGCUCCAGUGUCGCUGCUGCCGCCGCCCCCCUGCCGGAAAUGAGGCGCCGCCGCGCCGUGGUGCUGCUUCCCCUGCUCUUGGCCCUUUUCCUGGUCGGACCCCGCCGAGUCCGCUGCGGCGGGGGGCCGGGCGGGGAGCCGCCGCCGCCGCCGGCGGUGGUCCGGGUGGGUGCCAUCUUCACGCACGACUCGGUCGUCGGGAGGUCCGCGAAGGCCGCGAUGGAGGCCGCCGUCGCCGACGUGAACGCCGAUCCGUCGGUUCUGAACGGCACGGAGCUGAGGUUGUUCACGGAAGACGCCAAUUGCAGCGUCUUCAUGGGGACCGUCGAAACCUUUAAACUGAUUGGCAAGGACGUGGUGGCUAUUAUUGGACCACAGUCCUCGGCGACAGCUCACACGAUUACCGAGAUUGCGGAUAAUCUCCAAAUUCCUCUCAUCUCUUAUUCUGCCACUGAUCCUACACUUUCUGCUCAGCAAUUUCCGUAUUUCGUCCGUACUGCGCAGAGUGACUCCUACCAAAUGGCUGCAAUGGCUGAUUUGAUCAAUUAUUACGGAUGGAAAGAUGUCAUUGCCAUCUAUAUUGAUGAUGAUUUUGGGAGAAACGGGAUAUAUGCUUUGGGUGAUGAACUUGAGAGAAAAAUGAUGAAGAUUUCAUAUAGGUUGCCUUUGCCUGUCCAGUAUGAUUCAAGACACAUCACAGAUGCACUCAAUAAAUCUAAAAGAUUCGGUCCUCGUGUUUAUGUUGUUCAUGUAAAUUUUGAUCCUGCUUUCAGAAUUUUUACCAUAGCGCAAGAACUGCAGAUGAUGGGAAGUGAUUAUGUGUGGCUGGCCACGGAUUGGGUCUCUGCUACCUUAGAUUCAUUGUCUCCCAAAAACCAAACAUCUAUUGAGAUUCUGAAAGGGGUAGUUGCGUUACGCCCCCACACUCCAGAUUCUGUCCAGAAGAGAGCAUUUAUUGCUCGAUGGAGAGACAUGCAGACAAAAGGGUUAACUAGGUCUGGACUAAAUACUUAUGGUCUUUGUGCGUAUGAUACAGUAUGGGCAGUUGCACAUGCAAUCAACAGGUACAUAAACGAGAAUGGAAAUAUCACAUUCCCAUUCAGCGACGCCCUCUAUGAUGAGAAAACAAAAGACAUGCGGCUUGGAAAGCUUAAAGUCUUUGAUGGCGGAUCUCUUCUUCUAAAGAAAUUGUUGCAGUUAAAUUUCACUGGUUUGACGGGUCAAAUUUACUUCAGUCCAGAUAGGAAUGUUCCCAGUAAUGGUUAUGAUGUCAUCAACAUAGACCAGAGAGCGAUUCGUUUGGUUGGAUUUUGGUCUAAUAAAACGGGUAUUGAAGGAGGUCAUAGCAGUUAUACCCGCCAAGACCAGAAGCUCCAUGAUGUGACUUGGCCUAGUGGAAAAACAGAAAUACCACGUGGCUGGGUGGUGGCAGACAGUGGGAACCCUCUGAGAAUUGGAGUUCCAAACAGAUUUAGCUUCACUGAAUUUGUCUUGGAGGACCAAAUUAGUCAUACAUUCCAAGGAUAUUGUGUUGAUGUGUUCAAUGAAGCAAGGAGUUUUGUGCCAUAUGAAGUUCCUUUCAGAUUUGAGGCUUAUGGAGAUGGACAUUCUAAUCCCAGUUAUGACGGCCUGAUCAAAAUGGUAGCAAAUAAUGAGUUUGAUGCUGCUGUUGGAGACAUUGCAAUAUCGACAAAUCGGACAAAAAUAGUAGAUUUUUCUCAGCCAUUUGCUUCAAGUGGUCUUGUCAUAGUGGCUUCAAUCAACAAUUCAAAGUCAAGUGCUUGGGUGUUUCUCCAACCUUUUUCAGCUGAGAUGUGGGUUGUUACAGCAGCUUCUUUCGUGAUGAUUGCUGUAGUCAUUUGGAUUCUUGAGCAUCGAGUGAACAGCGAUUUUAGGGGUCCUCCAAAGAGGCAACUUGCAACAAUGUUCCUGUUUAGCUUUUCAACCAUGUUUAAGAAGAACCAAGAAGAUACUGUAAGCCCAUUGGGUCGUAUGGUAAUGGUAGUGUGGCUUUUUUUACUGAUGGUGAUCACAUCAAGCUACACAGCAAGCCUUUCUUCAAUCCUCACAGUUCAACAGCUCUCAUCACCCAUCACAGGAAUUGAUAGCUUGAUUGCAAGUAAUUGGCCUAUUGGCUAUCAAGUGGGAUCAUUUGCUCACGGCUAUCUAGAGGAGAGUCUUUACGUCUCCCCAUCAAGACUGAUUCCCCUCGGCUCACCAGAAGAGUAUGAAAGGGCACUCCGGCUAGGGCCAAGCAAUGGUGGGGUGGCUGCUAUUGUUGAUGAAGAGCCUUAUGUGGACUUAUUUUUAUCAAAGCAUACUCAAUUCGGGAUUAUUGGGCAAGCAUUUACCAGUGGCGGCUGGGGAUUCGCGUUUCAAAGAGGUUCUCCGCUAGCUGUUGACAUAUCAACCGCGAUAUUGAAACUGUCCGAGAGUGGGAAGCUCCAAAAGAUUCACGAGAAAUGGUUUUGCAAAAUGGGUUGUCCCAGUGAAAGGGGACAGGACUCAAAACCUGAACAGCUCCAUUUGAUCAGCUUCUGGGGCCUCUAUCUUCUAUGUGGUGUCGUUUCUAUUGCAGCCCUUCUGGUGUUUCUGAUCCGGAUGAUUUGCUUGUUCGUCCGGUUCAAGAAGCAGCAAAUGGCUACGACCGCUUCACUAUCGGUGUCCUCAAAUAGGCUAUGUUCUGAUAGCUUUUACAAAUUUCUCGACUUUGUUGACCAGAAGGAAGAUGCUACUAAGUUGAACACGCCUCAAAGUGGGAAUGCUCAACAACUGCUGACCUUAUCAACACGCGAGGACGUUCCGUGAAAUCGGAUAGAUUUGCUGAGUUGGUUUUGUUCGGUAAAGCUUUUCGCGCUAUCUGGUUUCCUGUCAGGUAUCAUUUAUUCCCUCUCUAAGUUUAGGGAAGCAUGUAAAUAUACAAACCUCUUUCUUCUGUUGGGCUCUCAUAUAAGAAGGCAGUCUGAUCAGAAUUCUCCGGCUAUAGAUAACCUCUGGAUUCUAUCAAUGCGUCUGUUCUUAAGCACAGAUUUUCAGUGGUCGGUAUCUGAAUGACUGCAAUUACAUUUACUGGGUUUUGGUCCAA